GUUGUAUUUAUAUUAUUUCCCAGACUUCAAUCCCUCGAUGAUGGGGCUGUCGACCGACCACCGACGACGGACGCCGGCAAUGCAGGUUCAGCGACUCCAGAGGUCCGUAUAUGCCUUGGAAGUGAUGCUCGGGAAAGCCAAGCGACAACAUCAUUCGCAUGAUGGGGCGUUGCCUUGGGAAGAUGUUGCGAAGGCACUGCAAGACGACAUGUUGGAGCAUGUGCGCGAACAUCGUGUGAUGCGUCAACACGUGGAGCAACACCGGCGCCUGUGCGUCGCGUUGCAAGCUUGGAUACAUACCAUGUUCCCUCCAGAGCGAACACUCAGCUCGGAGCUUGGGACAUGGAGGAACUGCUACUUGUUCCAAGGAUCCGACGACGCGCGACACCAAGCCCAGACGUGGAUGGUGCAGCAAGCGUACCACAACACGCGACGCGCCAUGUCGACCUUCGUCUUUCCCGACACCAUGGAGACUUGCGUAGACGUUGCCGUGACCGUCGACGAUAACCGCAUGACGAUACAAGGAGCGGUGCAGUGCACAUUCCCCCACUCGCUACACAAAUUCUCGCGUGCAUUGUGGGUCGUCGAGAACACCUUCACCGACUACGUCAGGGACCGAAGGAUGCCCACGCGUUCCCAGAUCCAAGUCCUCGACGCCGUCCGAGUGAUUUAUCAUCGCGAGGAAGACCCUUCUCCACGGCAGAGGAUUCAGAAGAACUCCCUGCAUGGACAAAUCGAAGACCGGGACACCACCACGACCGUGUUCCGCACGAUUGUGCACGACGAAGCGUUCCCGUCGCAGUCGACAACCGAAUGGAUCCUCGACUCAAGCGAGUGGUACGUUCGUUCUUGUUGUAACUCCUGCGUCAAUCCUCGAGCAGGUACGUCGCGGAGCGCGUGGGACCGACGACGACUCGACUGCGGGCGCUGUACACGAUGCAGCAUCCCGAGACAUGCACGGGGACGGUACCUAUGGAAACGCUGGCGAAUGCGAUGCAGAUCCCCAUCGACGAGAGAAUGCGAGAGCGGUUGUGUGCUCGUCUGCAGCACGGACAUGCGCGGCAGCGGCGCUUGUACCUUGCAUUUGUGGAAAAGGUGUUGCUGGCGCUGGUGGAGAUUCCAAAGUGCGGGGAAACGGGAAACACUAUUUUGAACGAUUCUUGAUUGGUGCACUCCCAUUGGUCAAUCUAAUAUAUGUGUCGCUGAUUGGCUG